GCGUCGUUCUCCUCGUUCCCCUCACCCUUUGAUACACUCUCUCGCUAUGUCUACUGAUAGCGAUGAUAGUGGUUUCUCUAUCUCCGGGUCCGUAGCGGGGAUAUAUCCGACGACAACGACGACGCAGCACAUGAACCUAGGCGCGAUCCUUAUAGGAUGCAUUAUUCAGGCUAUGUUCUACGGAAAUAUGUUCUCGCUCGCGUGGCGGUACUACACCGCAGGGCGGGGCGGAGAUCCAUUGUGGUUCAGGGUAUCCAUUGGACUUGCGUGGUUCAUUUGCACGUUCAGUGUAGCCGUUUCGGUUCACGGACUCUGGUUCUUCGUAGUGGAGUUCUUAUUCCAGAAGUGCACCGAGGCGCCGUGGACGGUCGAUUUUUACCUCCUGAUCAAUUCCAUCGUGGCCACACUCGUCAGGCUAUUAUAUGUAUACCGGCUAGGAAAGCUGUGUCGGACGUCAGUCAUCUUCCGUGGACGCGCUUUGGCUAUGAUUCUGUUGGGGCUGACGGUCAUACUUUGCGUCGUCGAGAUGGCCGCAUCUGCCACAAUAUCGAGCCGACUAUAUGUCACGGACACCGCGCUGACGGGUCGGGAAGGGCCAUAUUUGAGGCCGAUCUUUUAUCUAUUGUUCGCCUCCGGAUGGUCCGCGAACCUCAUCCUUACCGGUAUAAUGUGCCUCUGGCUCCACAGCGCCAGGACGGGCCUGCAUCGGACCGACUCCGUCAUCAACAACAUGAUCGUGUAUACCCUCGAGACAGGACUGUUUCCAAGUCUCAUUGAGACAAUCGGCAUGAUCACUUUCAUUGUCGCGCCGGAGAGGCAAGUAUACAUCGCAUUCUACAUCCAAAUCGGUCUCUUGUACUUAAGCUCCUUGCUCACCUCGCUCAACAAGCGCCAGUUCGUCCAAGGGCUCAUCCGCAAGCCACUCUCGCUCAACUUCAGCAUCCUCAACGACGCAUCUAUCAACCGCGAGCCGUCCCCAACAGACCGCGGCCAUUCUGUCACACUGACAGACGGCCAGCCGCCCGAUCUCCCGUACAUGAAACCUGCGUACAGUCCGGGGGAGCGAUCUGAGGAAAAGGCGGUGUCGCUCGUUGGCGUCGAGCGUCCACAGGCAGAGCCGCACGCGCGAGUGGCCGCGAGGCCGCGAGCGGCGACGAUGCCUGGCCUGCGGCUGUCGGAGCGACAGACAUGGAUAGAUUCAGCAACGCUGUACUAG